AUGAAAGGGCAGCCCCCACCUUCGAUCGAUUCCCUUCGGGGCCGCCAACUAACCCUAUUCUUCUCUUUCUGCUCGAUCCUUCUCUGCCUAUCUUUCUAUCAACACCUCCCCCGCUGCAUUCCACUUCUCCAACGACAGCAUCAAUCACAUGCCCAUUUCAACCUCGAACAACUGCUGCUCUCCGUCCCUGACCCGGCCAAAGCCCGUCAAUGGAGCUCCUACUACAGCUCUGAGCCCCAUUUCGCAGGCCAGUGCCUUCCCAACGGCCUCUGGACGCAGGCAAAAUGGAAGGAGUUUGGCGUCGAGACGACUUCUCUCCACUCCUAUCCUCUUCCAUACCCAAUGCCGAUGCCCGUGUCUUCUCGUCUGGCUCUUCUCAACCAGGCCAACGGACAGGUGCUGUAUGAGGCCGAGUUGACUGAAAAUGUCACCGAUGUCAACCCUCUCACGGGCGAGACAGUGGCAUUUCCUCCAUUCAUGUCCUUUUCUCCGAGCUAUAACACCACUGCCUCGGUUGUCUACGCCAACCACGGCACGCUCGAGGAUUUCGAGGAUCUGGCCCGGGCGAACGUCAGUGUUGCGGGGAAGCUCGCUAUUGUCAAGUUCAAUAUGCCGGCGGAAAAAUUCUACGGCAUCUCUCAGCAGACGGGGGUUGUGGGGUGGGUUGUCUAUAUGGAUCCCCAGUAUGAUGGGGAAAUCACCGAGGAAAAUGGCUAUCUCCCAUAUCCCCAGGGUCCGGCUCGGGCUCCAACCAGUGUCCUUGCACUGAGUAGGGUGCAAUUUAGCGAGGGUAAUCCACCGGUUCCUAUCAUGCUUAUUUCCUUUGCGGAUGCAGUUCCCAUCUUGAAAGCCUUGAACGGGAUUGGGCCAAGAGCGGAUGACUUGGGCGUGAGAUGGCAGGGCGGGCAGCUUGGACACCGUGGCGUGGAAUAUAAUGCUGGUCCGUCAUCCGCCGAUGUGGUGUUGAAUAUGCAAAACGAAAUAAAGGACACCCAAGCGACUCUGUAUACCGUGAUUGGGGAGAUCCAAGGCGUAAUCACCGAUGAGGUCGUUAUCAUCGGUAACCACCGUGAUGCAUGGGCAUCAGGCGCCAGUGAUCCCGGCAGCGGCUCUGCCUGCUUGAAUGAGGUUAUCCGCAGCUUUGGCCAGGCUGUCCAGCAAGGCUGGCAACCUCUCCGGACGCUCAUUUUCAUCAGCUGGGAUGGUAAUGAACCAGGCUUGCUGGGAUCCACAAACUGGGUUCAGGAGAACCUCCCCUGGUUAUUUAACCAGACAGUCGCGUACAUAGAAACUGUCACCGCUGUCUCAGGCCAUGACCUCUAUAUUCAAUUCAGCCCAUUACUGGCUCCGCUUGUGCGUGAUGUGACGGGCCAGGUUCAAUCUCCCAACCAGACUAUACCCGGCCAGACGGUGCUGGAUGUCUGGGGUGGCGUGCUGCAGCGAGAAGGUGGCGGGGAUGCAAAUCCAUUUGUACAAAAGACCAUCACGGCCGGCCAGUUUGGCUUUAGACGAGGGCCCCGGGACGCUGUCUGGCACAAGCAUUCCGGUUUCGACACUGUCCAGUGGAUGGAUAGAUUUGGGGAUCCUACCUGGCAAUACCACACUACAGCUGCCCAGAUCUGGGCGCUGCUCGCGGCUCGACUGGUCGAUACCCCGGUCUAUCCAUUCAGCGUCACUGAAUAUGCCGUCUCGUUGCACCGGUACCUCGCUAGUAUCCAACGCCUGGCGGAUGAGAAGAGUUUCCACUUCGAUUUCCAUCCGCUGUACGAGGCUCUCGUACGCCUUCACAGCAUUGCGCUGCAGUUCGACGCAGAGGCGGACAUUCUCAGGGAAGACCACGCUUCUUGCAAAUCGAGAUCGAACGACCUCGCCACCAAAACGCAAGCCAUCAAUACCAAAUACCGCCUGUUUGAACGCCAAUUCUACUUUGAGGAUGAUGUGGGCGAUCCAGACCACAAUCAUGUGGUUUUCAACCUCAUCUCACGGGGCAAGAGAUUUCAGGCCGAGCUUCCAGACCUAUGGAACGCGGUUGAAGCGAGGAAUGUGACUGAGACAGAGAAAUGGCACAGCAUUGUCAGGUCGAAAGUGGAGGAUGCUACCGCUUAUCUCCAAUCAUAA